CGACCCGGAAACUAAUAUUCAGUGAAUUGACAAAAAAGUUCACGUCAAAUAUUUCACGCAUUAAUUCAUUGCUGAAUUUUCCUAGCCACAGCCAUCAUCGUUCAAAUCCAAAAGGAUCGUUGAGUUGUACGAAUUCUCCAUGCAAAACAUCAAUGAACCGGCAACAACAACGAAGCUAUGAUGAUCAAAUCAAUAUUUAUGACCUCGCUGAUAACGGAGGUCAACAUUGUCCAAAUUCAUUUUGUACUAAUCAUUUUCGAAGCGGAAAUGAUUUGGUAAAGAUGAAUGAGCAGCAUCGAAACAAGAAAUCUAGUCUUUCAAUAAGCAAUUUUUGGCAAAAACAUUCUGUAAACCAAAGAAUUUAUGAUAAACCGAUAGUAAACAUCUGUAAUUCUGGAAAUAAUUCAUCUUUGAAUUCAUGUUCGUCGUCAUCAUCAACAUCGACCUCAUAUGAAAAACAUACAAGUUCAUCGACAUUAAUCAUCACCAGUUAUGAUUGUUAUGAUGAUUGUAUUCAAGCGGCCAUCCAUAUCCUGAAAAAGAAGGGGAUAAAUUUUAAAAAACAAACAAGCAUUAGAAAUGGCACCCGACAGCUUCGUUGUUGUAUAUCAACAUCCAAUAAGGUUAUACUUGUAUUUCGAAUGGAUUUUUUUCAAACCGAUCCACGAAUGUUUAUAUUGAUACGAAUGAAAAAAAUACGUGGCCAGAUGAAUGAUUUUCAAAUCAUAUGUAAUAAUUUGACAAAAUAUUUUCAAACCAAAUCUAUGGCAAACGAAUGAUUCAUGUA